GUUGGGCUGGCGGGUGGACAUCAGCCACAUGCUGGCUCUGCGCAAAACAGUAGGUCUGCAAAGCGUUCGGCCGUCACUGCAGACUCUGCAACUUUAGUACCAGACAAGAACUGCCUAAGUAGCAAUCUGGUUCGGAAAGAUAACAAAAUAAAGACAAGCAAAAGCACAAAUAAAUCAGGAGUGGUUCUCCAUGAGAAUAAUCGAACAAGAAAGGUGCGUCGUGAUACUCCUCAUCGUGAUCGGUCGCCGCGCAGGAGGGUGCACUUUGCAGAUGAAGAUCAAGAUGCGGAUGCCAUUUGCAGUUCUGCCCAGUGUUCUGCGUCAAAUAUUAGUAUGGGACUGCAGAUUACUCCAUCCGUGCGCGCUGCCGGUGUUGAUAUGCAGGAGGAGAGCGAAAGCGAAAUCCCACGUCUCCCCUGUACUCCAGACGAGAUUCACCAGACGACACUCGGCGGAAGUUCGGCUCACCACCAGCAUUCAGUGUCGGCAGGC